GCCGCCGCCAACAGGGUCUGACUGGGCCGUCCGGCGCGCUUCCUGGUGUCACCCCCAGAGGGCGCCGGCCACUGAGCCGCCCGCAGAGUCGCGAGGCCGGAAGGAGCGCGGCGCCGCCCCACUCGCCCCAACCGCCGCCAUGAAAGCCGUGGUGCAGCGCGUCACCCGGGCCAGCGUCACAGUUGGAGGAGAGCAAAUAAGUGCAAUUGGACGGGGAAUCUGUGUGUUGCUGGGUAUUUCUCUGGAAGAUACACAGAAGGAACUGGAGCACAUGGUCAGAAAGAUUUUAAACCUGCGUGUGUUUGAGGAUGAGAGUGGGAAACACUGGUCGAAGAGUGUGAUGGACAAACAGUAUGAGGUGCUGUGCAUCAGCCAGUUCACCCUCCAGUGCGUGCUCAAGGGGAACAAGCCUGACUUUCACCUGGCAAUGCCCACAGAGCAGGCAGAAAGCUUCUACAACAGCUUCCUGGAGCAGCUGCGCAAGACCUACAGGCCGGAGCUCAUCAAAGAUGGCAAGUUUGGUGCCUACAUGCAAGUCCACAUUCAGAAUGAUGGGCCUGUGACUGUAGAAUUGGAGUCCCCAGCACCUGGCGCUGCUGCCUCUGACCCAAAGCAGCUGUCAAAGCUUGAAAAACAACAGCAGAGGAAAGAAAAGACCAGAGCCAAGGGGCCUUCCGAAUCAAGCAAAGAAAGAAACGCCCCCCGAAAAGAAGACCGCAGUGCCAGCAGCGGGGCAGAGGGCGACGUGUCUUCUGAGCGGGAGCCGUAGACUUAAGGAUGGAACUCAGAACGUUGUGUGCAAGACCUGUGCGGAGGUGGAGAACCUGUCCUUACAGAGGCGUAAGUGCAUUAUCAUCGGGUGGAACUGGAUCCUGAAAAAUUCAUGGAAGAUGCUAAGUACCUACACUGCUUUAAGAAUUUGGAACUGAAUCAUGAAAAGGAAGACAGAAACAAGAAAUAGGGAACCUGAGUAGCCCUGCAAAAACAAAGCAGAAUGAAACCAAACACCACCACCAAAGGAACGUUACCAUUCUCUGUUGUUGCUGUGGUCUGACGGAAAGGUGGGUGCCGGCGGUGCAGGGGAGCACACCCCGUGUGUAUUGCAACAGGACAGACACCCAUGCUCCCCCCACAGAAAGACUUUGCUGGUUCCUGUGAGUUCUUGGCUUGCUUUUGGAACAGGCUGGUCCAGCGUUAUUUGUCACCGAGUCCUCCUUUCACACUGUGGUGUAUUUCUGCGUGUCCAUGAUGGGUCGCAACUGCAAUUCAUGCUGUCCAUGCUCUUCCCAACACCGCCUUAGCCAGGGCCCGUGUUAAGGUGUACAGAGAACAGACUUUAGUGAUAAUGUAUUGUGUAAGACCUUUGCAUCUUGUAAAUUUUCUCAUUUUUCUAAAAAGAAAUAAUAAAAUUCCAAACCUCAACAAACCACUUUAUUAUUAAACAAA